CAGUCCGCGAGUUUUCGUUUCCCACGCACGUGUAGUGCUUAGCUUUAUAAAUAAUGAGUAAAGUUUAUGAUAUAAGGUAGGAAAAACAAGAAGCAUGGGUAAAGGCGACCCGUGCGGUGUGUGCGGCGAGACUCGGAUGCGGCUGGUGGACGGGUUCUUCUACUGCGUGGAGUGCGGCACGCAGGACACGAAUGUCCAGGAGACCGUGGUGGAGCACCAGGCGCUGGGCGACGGCACAUUCGCCGUCGCGCGCCGCUCCCGGUACUCCGUCAAGAUCAAGGAGGGUGUGGAAAUGAGUCCGGAGUGGUACAAAUGGCACAAAUACAACUUCCUUCUGGCGGGGCUGACGGAGCUGCUCAUCGAGCUAGGCGCGGCUCCAAGUGUGCGCAUGAAGGUGCUGUGGAUCUGGAGCCGCUACAUCAAGAUGUUCCAGAAAAAGGAGGCGAUGGGCCCCGCUCAAGUCCUCAAGCAGCUAGAAGUCGGUUCCUCCUCCAGCGAGGCGGAGGAGCAGGAGGAGGAGGCCGAGGAGGUCGGGCCCCGCACUGCCCACGCCAAGAGCCUGCGGGUCGACCGCGUCACCAACUACAUGGUGGUCGCCAUACUGGCGCUGGCGCUCAACUUCGACCGAAGCCCCAUCCUGGUGUCGCAAUUCAUGCGCUUCUUGCGCUGGCGGCUGCUGCCCGUCGCCGACAAGUUCCGGUUCGUGCCCGCGGAGGUUCUCGACAAGCUACGCGGCAGGCGGAUGCGGCAGCUCACCGCCACCUCCUACGACACUACUGCCCUCAUGGUGUUCUUCCACCUCCCCGUCAUGAUGUGUCGCGUGAGCCGGCUGCUGGCGCUGGGCGCGCCGCUGACGCCGGACGUGGACGCCGCGCUGCACGCGCAGCUGCGCGAGCUGCGCGUACAGCGCGCGCUGGCGGUGCGGUGUUGUCGCGUGAGCCGGCUGCUGGCGCUGGGCGCGCCGCUGACGCCGGACGUGGACGCCGCGCUGCACGCGCAGCUGCGCGAGCUGCGCGUACAGCGCGCGCUGGCGGUGCGGUGUUGUCGCGUGAGCCGGCUGCUGGCGCUGGGCGCGCCGCUGACGCCGGACGUGGACGCCGCGCUGCACGCGCAGCUGCGCGAGCUGCGCGUACAGCGCGCGCUGGCGGUGCGGUGUUGUCGCGUGAGCCGGCUGCUGGCGCUGGGCGCGCCGCUGACGCCGGACGUGGACGCCGCGCUGCACGCGCAGCUGCGCGAGCUGCGCGUACAGCGCGCGCUGGCGGUGCGGUGUUGUCGCGUGAGCCGGCUGCUGGCGCUGGGCGCGCCGCUGACGCCGGACGUGGACGCCGCGCUGCACGCGCAGCUGCGCGAGCUGCGCGUACAGCGCGCGCUGGCGGUGCGGUGUUGUCGCGUGAGCCGGCUGCUGGCGCUGGGCGCGCCGCUGACGCCGGACGUGGACGCCGCGCUGCACGCGCAGCUGCGCGAGCUGCGCGUACAGCGCGCGCUGGCGGUGCGGUGUUGUCGCGUGAGCCGGCUGCUGGCGCUGGGCGCGCCGCUGACGCCGGACGUGGACGCCGCGCUGCACGCGCAGCUGCGCGAGCUGCGCGUACAGCGCGCGCUGGCGGUGCGGUGUUGUCGCGUGAGCCGGCUGCUGGCGCUGGGCGCGCCGCUGACGCCGGACGUGGACGCCGCGCUGCACGCGCAGCUGCGCGAGCUGCGCGUACAGCGCGCGCUGGCGGUGCGGUGUUGUCGCGUGAGCCGGCUGCUGGCGCUGGGCGCGCCGCUGACGCCGGACGUGGACGCCGCGCUGCACGCGCAGCUGCGCGAGCUGCGCGUACAGCGCGCGCUGGCGGUGCGGUGUUGUCGCGUGAGCCGGCUGCUGGCGCUGGGCGCGCCGCUGACGCCGGACGUGGACGCCGCGCUGCACGCGCAGCUGCGCGAGCUGCGCGUACAGCGCGCGCUGGCGGUGCGGUGUUGUCGCGUGAGCCGGCUGCUGGCGCUGGGCGCGCCGCUGACGCCGGACGUGGACGCCGCGCUGCACGCGCAGCUGCGCGAGCUGCGCGUACAGCGCGCGCUGGCGGUGCGGUGUUGUCGCGUGAGCCGGCUGCUGGCGCUGGGCGCGCCGCUGACGCCGGACGUGGACGCCGCGCUGCACGCGCAGCUGCGCGAGCUGCGCGUACAGCGCGCGCUGGCGGUGCGGUGUUGUCGCGUGAGCCGGCUGCUGGCGCUGGGCGCGCCGCUGACGCCGGACGUGGACGCCGCGCUGCACGCGCAGCUGCGCGAGCUGCGCGUACAGCGCGCGCUGGCGGUGCGGUGUUGUCGCGUGAGCCGGCUGCUGGCGCUGGGCGCGCCGCUGACGCCGGACGUGGACGCCGCGCUGCACGCGCAGCUGCGCGAGCUGCGCGUACAGCGCGCGCUGGCGGUGCGGUGUUGUCGCGUGAGCCGGCUGCUGGCGCUGGGCGCGCCGCUGACGCCGGACGUGGACGCCGCGCUGCACGCGCAGCUGCGCGAGCUGCGCGUACAGCGCGCGCUGGCGGUGCGGUGUUGUCGCGUGAGCCGGCUGCUGGCGCUGGGCGCGCCGCUGACGCCGGACGUGGACGCCGCGCUGCACGCGCAGCUGCGCGAGCUGCGCGUACAGCGCGCGCUGGCGGUGCGGUGUUGUCGCGUGAGCCGGCUGCUGGCGCUGGGCGCGCCGCUGACGCCGGACGUGGACGCCGCGCUGCACGCGCAGCUGCGCGAGCUGCGCGUACAGCGCGCGCUGGCGGUGCGGUGUUGUCGCGUGAGCCGGCUGCUGGCGCUGGGCGCGCCGCUGACGCCGGACGUGGACGCCGCGCUGCACGCGCAGCUGCGCGAGCUGCGCGUACAGCGCGCGCUGGCGGUGCGGUGUUGUCGCGUGAGCCGGCUGCUGGCGCUGGGCGCGCCGCUGACGCCGGACGUGGACGCCGCGCUGCACGCGCAGCUGCGCGAGCUGCGCGUACAGCGCGCGCUGGCGGUGCGGUGUUGUCGCGUGAGCCGGCUGCUGGCGCUGGGCGCGCCGCUGACGCCGGACGUGGACGCCGCGCUGCACGCGCAGCUGCGCGAGCUGCGCGUACAGCGCGCGCUGGCGGUGCGGUGUUGUCGCGUGAGCCGGCUGCUGGCGCUGGGCGCGCCGCUGACGCCGGACGUGGACGCCGCGCUGCACGCGCAGCUGCGCGAGCUGCGUCUGCCGCGCGCGCUGGCGGCGCUGGUGCGCGCGCUCAUGGACGUAGCCCCCGUGCCGUUCAAGGGUAAACCGCUUUCGACGAGCAGGGAGACAUUGGGAGGAGACUACUUCCCUGACUACGAGACGACGUUGAUGGCGUACAUCGUGGUGGCGCUCAAGAUGUGCUUCGGCCUCGACGACGACUACGAGCGUCGGCUGUCUGACGCCGUGGACAUGAUCAAUGAGGAGGCCGCGCACCCCCUCGCCUACAGCUCGUGCCCGGAGCCGACCGGGCGGCUGUUCAGCUUCCGCUCGUGGGCGGCGCACCUGCGCCUGCGCGCGCUCGUCGCCUCGCAGCACGCGGCGCCGCUCGCCUGGGCGCGCGGGGCGCAUCCCGCACGCGGGGGGGGGGACGCCGCCAUGGAGCAUCUAGGGGAGUUCACGAGCGAGAGGCAAAGGGAUCCCGACAAGACUAUCAGGAAGGGCGCCAAAGCGAGGCUAACCGACCAAGUCACCAUGGAGAUAUUAGACAGGAUCCCCAAGCGGUACGAAGUCGGCGUACUGUCCCUAGAGGAACUCAAACCGGCCAUGGCCUCGAGGGAACCUCAAACUGCGAUAGUGCGAGCUAUAGGACACCUCCUGCCUGCCGAGCGGAGAAAACUCCUCGAUGAGGACUUCACGCAAUACUCCCUCGAGUACGCGUACAAGCACCUCGCGCUCCCCACCUCCCGCCCCCACAAGAAGCUAUUCCGAGGCGUGAACGCGAACAACGCUUGCGGACGACGACUCGGCGACGCCGUGUACUCCAGCAACGCCGACACCACCACCGUCUACGUCAAGAACUGCUCCAACCGGAACUGGGCGAGAGCGAGACGGCCGACCGCCGCUCACGUGCUCCCUGUUCACGACAGCGACGCCGGGUACGACUCCCGAGAGACUAAAGAGGAGGAAGAGCGAGAAAACUUACAGACGUUUGUGGAAGAGGACGAAGGCAGAAAUAUUUUUGACGAUGAUUUUUCCGAUAUACCGAUUAAAGACGAGAAACCCGAUUCAAAGGAUGAUGUUAACGUCGACGAGACUAAGGAUAAUAUAAAUUGGGGCGAUGAUACUGGCAACUUUGAGAGCGCCGGCUUCGAAGAUGACGCCGACGAACGCGGCAUAUUGGAUAGCGACGACGAGGUCGAGCCGCAGUUCAACCCCGACACCUUCAACAGGAAGGAGGUCAUCAAAGAAAUGAUGGCGGCCGCCUAUAGAAACCGCUACCUACAAGUACCGGCGCGAUUUCUAGCUCUGGGUGAAAAACCGAAGAGUAAGCGGAAGAAAACGGACCUGCAGUCCCGGAAAUACAUUUACGGUAUCGGAACCCCAUACUGGGCCAACAAGCUCAAGAAGCAGGAGGAUACGGCCAAGGUCGAGGAUCUCAUAGCCACUUACUGGGGCAACUUGCACAGCGACGUGUUACACCAGGUGGAGGAACAAGUGCGCGCGUUUACGAACGCGAAUGAGAUUGCCGACGUCAUCGGGCCCGCGUCCGAGCUCGCGGACCCCAGCUUCCACACGGACGGAAACGCCAUGGAAGCCCAAGAUGUGGACGAGUCUAGAGACGUGGAAUUAAUUGAAAAUGAAGCCAAAAAUGAUAAAAGUAACGACGAAGACUCUUGUGAAGAGCACGCCUACGACCCUGUUCUUAAAAACGAUGCAAACUUUGAUGAAAAAACGCACGACGUCGAACAGCUAUACGUGAAGCUGAAGGAACUCCCGCCGGAGGCCGAGCCAGCCGCGAGUCCGGCGCCCGCCGACGACCUCACCGCCAUCAUCGACCAAACCAUCCGCCAGAUGAAACCUCGGAAAAUAAAGAAAAAGGAGAGAAUCAUCAUAAAGACCGAUAUCGAUCACCUGGUGGACGAUCCGAAACGUAUCACCAGAUUUAAUUACUGGUUCACGAUAUUAAUUAAACGAACUAAAGACAUUAAACAUUUCCUGAAGUCGGACCGGAGAGUAGAGAAAGAGUUUGAGGAGAAUUCGUCGCGAAGCUUCUGGUUCGUCCUGAAGGAGUGCUCCGCCGUGUUGGAUGUGAUGCCGUUGCGCCUCUACCGCCUCGUCACCGACAUCGAGCAACAGAUGCUCAAACUCUUGCCCAAAAAGCAAAGAAAAGGAAAUGAACUCAAGAAAAGGGGAAGACACCGCUUAUGCGAGCAUCGUUUAGACGAGUACCCCAAAAAGAAACUGGGGAGACCUCGCAAACACAUGGACAAGUAUGUGUCAAGAGAAAGUGGCUUACACUGUAGACCAGAAAGACUCCGAAAAGACUUCAAAAAUGCAAGCGCCUCCCAGAGUCAGCACCGGCCAAGGAAACUAGGAAGACAGCGCAAAACCUUGGAUGGGAACCUUUCAGAAACUAGCGACUCCCAGGAGUGGAGACCAGAAACACUCAGCGAAGAUUCAAGCACCUCAGAGGAUCAGGACCAGCCGAGGAAACGAGGAAGACCACGGAAACCCCUGGGCGAAAAUACUUCAGAAAACAGGAACUCGCAAAGAGAAAGGCCCAGCAAAUACUUAAAAGAGUCCAGCACCUCGAAGAAUCAAGACAAAUCAAAGAAACGAGAAAGACCGCGCAAAACCUUGGAUGAGAGUUCAGAAGAUAGUGUCUAUGCGCAAAAUCCUGGCCAAUCAAGAAAACGGGGAAGACCUCGCAAAACUCUCGGCAAAAUUAUUUCAGAUGACAGUGACUCAGACUCGCAGGGCUUGAAACCUCGAAAAUCCAGCAACGACUUGGAAGAUACCACGCAAAACCAAGACCAACCAAGGAAUCGAGGAAUACCUCACAAAACAUUCGAUGGUAACAAUUCAGACACUAGUGACUCCCACGACAGUAAUCCAGAAAGACCCCGCAAAGACUCAGAAGAUUCAAACUCCUCGCAGAAUCGACUGAGAAAACGAGGAAAACCCUACAAACCCUUGAAAGAUACUAACGACCCGCAGUACUGUAAUUCAGAAAAACUCUGCGAAAAUUCAGAAGAUUCAAGCACCUUGCAAAAUCGACGAAGAAAACGAGAAAGACCCCUCAAACCCUUGGACGAAACUCCUUCAGAAGACAGCGACUCCCGGCAGUCGAGACCCGAAAGUUUCACAAAACAAUUAGAAGAUAGCACCUCACAGGAUCAGGACCCACCAAGGAAACAAGGGAGACCCCUCAAAUUCUUGAAAGAAAGUGUUUCAGAAGACAGCGACUCGCCGGAGUGCCAACAAGAAAGAUUCGGCACUCUCAGCAGAGACAUAGAAGACGAAAGCGCCUCACAGAAUCAAUACCCACCAAGAAAACAAGUAAAACCCCUCAAAUUCUCGGAUGAAAGUCUUUCAGAAGACAGCUACUCGCAGCAUUGGCGAUCAGAAAGACUCGACAAAGCCUCAGAAGAUGUAAGUACCUCGCAAAAUCAGGAUCAGCCAAGGAAACGCGGCACAACCCUCAAAUCCUUUGACGAUAGUCUUUCAGAAGACAGCGACUCAGAGAAAUGGAAACCAGGAAGAUCCAUCAAAAACCAAGAGCACCCUACGAAACGAGUAAGAACAAGACUUAGUAAAUCCUUAGACGGGAAUGUUUCAGAAAACAGCGACUCUGAUAAGAGCACCCCAAAAAGAUCCAGAACAUACUCGGAUUCGAGUCUCCAAGAAGGAGAAAGCGCCUCACAGAAACACCAAAGAAAAAGGGGAAGAACCACCCCGCAAAACAAAGAGCACCCUAAGAAACGAGUAGGAACAAGACUUCGUAAAUCUUUAGACGGGAAUGUUUCAGAAGGCAGCGACUCUGAUAAGAGCACCCCAGGAAGGUCCAGAACAUACUCGGAUUCCAGUCUCCAAGAAGGUAAAAGCGCCUUACAGAAACACCAAAGUAAAAGGGAAAGAAACACCCCGCAAAACCAAGAGCGCCCUAAGAAACGAGUAAGAACAAGACCUCUUAAUUCCUUAGACGGGAAUGUUUCAGAAGACAGCGACUCUAAUAAGAGCACCCCAGAAAGAUCCGGAACAUACUCGGAUUUGGGUUCCCAAGAAGGUGAUAGCGCCUCACAGAAACAGGAAUAUCAAAGGAAAAGGGGAAGAAAUACCCCGCAAAAACAAGAACAUCCUAAGAAACGAAGGAGACCUCUUAAAUCCGUGGACGAGGACCAUUCAGAAGCAAGUGCCUCGCAGAGGAGCACCCCAGAAAAAUCCAGAAUAUACUUGUAUUCGAGUCAUCAAGGAGAUAAAAGCCCCUCACGGAACCAGGAGCUGCCAAGGAAAAGAAGAAGACCUCGCAAAUCGAUAGAUGGGAGUGUUCUAGAACUAAGCGCCUCGAAGAAGGGUUCCCCAAAAAGAUGCAGCAAAUUUGACUUGAGUCUUCAAGAUCAAAGCACCUCAAUAUCUCACCAACACGUAGCUGGAAACCCCCCAAAAGGAAACAUCUCGAAGAGGAGCACUCCAGAAAGAUCCAGCACCUAUUUAAGCUCGAGACUUUUCAUAGAUAGUAGCACCUUGCAGGGCCAGGAGCACCCAAGGAAAUCUUGGGGAGAGAGCACUUUGCAAAACAGGACCCAUGAAAUAGCCAGCGCAGACAUGAUCUCGAGUCUUCGAGAAGAUAAUAACUCCUCAAAUAACCAAGAGCAACCAAGAAAACGAAACAGACCAAGCAAACCCAUGGAUGGGAGUCUUUUAGAAGCGAGCGCCUCACAAAAGACGACCCCAGAAAAACAAUCAAGAGCCAGCAAAUACUUAAAGGUUGUAAGCCGUUCACAGAAGGAGAAGUAUCCAGGAACGAAAUCUGGAGAAGUGACCCUUUCGGAAGUAAUGAACAUCUUGCAAGAGAGGAGACCAGAAAGGCUAAAACCCAAUAAAUACGUAAAGGAUGCAAGCGAUUCACAGAACCAGGCAAAUCCAAGUCAACCAGGAAAACCUUGCAAGUCCAUGGACUUUCCGAAAAUAAGCAUCUUGCACAGAAAACCAGAAAGACCUAGCACAUACUUAAACUGGACACCUUUAGGAAAUGCAAGCACCCCGCAGAACCAAGGACACUCAAAUAAACCAGAACGAUUCAGCAAAUACGUUGAGAGAAGUCUUCCAGAUAUAAGCGCCAUUCAGGACAGUACAGCUGAGGCUAGCUUCUUGCGGAACAAAACAGAAGAAUAUUCUGAAACGAAAGUGAUUAGUUUCGAUCAAUUCUAGUGACUGUGAUAGAUUUGUGUUAGGGUAGGAAGUAUUGUACGAAACUGAUUCGUAAUAAGUAAUAACGAAUCAUGACGAAGAUGGACGUCUUUAAUUUAAUUAUAAUUUUGAUACAUAUUCCCAAAACUUUCAGUGUUACCUUGGUAUUGCUAUUAACCCUUUAGUCCCUAUCGCUAACGGCAACAUAUAGUGUGACAUAAAAUCAAAGAUAGAUAUAACUCCGUAAUAGAUGGAUACAGUCUAAAGAAAAAACGUGCCUCGAAAAAUCACGUAAAUUUGAUUCUCGAUCAGAUGGCGCCACUAGUUUUGGCCUACUCUCGUAUAGAGGGCGUUGACGGUUUCGUUUGUUAUUUAUAAUUUUAACGCAUAUCAGUGAAAGAACAUGGGUCAAAAUCAUAUAAAAAUAAUCAAUGCAAAUAAAAAAAUCAUUUAUCCAUAUUUAAAUACAUUUUAAUGUAUUUUUAUAAAUCUUCAUUUUUAGUUUUAAAGUAUGUCGAUAGAUGGCAGUGAAUUUACAGUGGUUACAAAAUUUACUAUGACAGUACCGCUCUAUCUUAUUAUAUCCUCUUUGCAUAAAAUACAUAGUAAU